CAAUGUCAGUUAUUCGGGCCAGGAGUCGCCACGGCCCCAGCCAGAGUUUAGCGUGCUCAGUCCUACUGACCCGUCAAAUGUAGAAUUCACCUCCAUGGAACGUUCCAUGCAGCAGCUACGUUCCCGCCCGCCGACUGUCAAGGAGCGCACCAGCCUUGUAACACAGCACAGCAGCAGCAAUCCAAAUGCACAGUCCAAUCCAAGUCCAAAAGCACCCACUACCAUCCUACCCGAGUAUAUGCGAGCACCACCCAAUUAUGUUUUGCCACCGCAGAUGCGUCCGGUUGUGGGGCCGCCGCCGCCCCAGAAUCGUCCACCGUUUCCCGGCGCACGGCCCAUGGUGGGAAUGGGACCGCGACCGCCCAUGCAGCCCCCAAAUAUGGGCGGACCCAGACAGAUGCCGCCACCGUUGAGAUCGACAGAUAGCAAGAGCAACUUACUGAUGGGCCCACCAGGUCCUCCGGGCAUGAGGCCGGGAAUGCCACCGCCCUUGCAGAAUAUGCAGCAGGCAGCACGUCCACCCAAUAAUCCUGGCGGAGGACAGAUCAGUCCACCGGGCCAGGGUCAACCAAGGCCACCAGGGGGCUUUCCCUGGUCACCGACAACCGGUGGAGCUCCACCACCUCUGGCGAAUUCUGGCUUGCCACCAGGAGCACGUCUACCGCCGCCGCCUCAAGGUCCGAAUAUGACCAGAGCACCGCCACCAACAUUUCCACGUCCUUUGCCGGGACAACCUUUGCAGGCUCCUUUCCGACCGCCCUACAAUCAGCAACAACCACAACAGCAACAACAACAACCUAUGCAGCAGCAGCAACUUCCUAUGCAGUCGCCACAACAACAAUUGCAACAACAACAGCCUCCCCAACAAUUACGCCCACCAUCUGGACACAACGAAGAUGACGAUGAUGUCAUUAUGGGACCAGCUGUCACUCCCCUCAAAUCAUACAACAUGAAACCAGAUCCCAUGGGUUCACCACUUCUAGAGGACAUUGAGCCACCAUUCGAGACGACCUCCUCUGAUCACACCUUGCCAUCUUCGGUCAUCAAAACUGAAUCCAACAAAAAGGCCAGCCACUAUAAAGGUGACAAUGACAGCGGCGUCGAUGAGUCCACUCAAGAGAAGGAUCGCAACGGACCCACAUCACCCAGUUCACCGGUCAAGACACCCACAUCGACCUCAUCGAAGCCGGACAAGUCAGGCCAAUCGCGUCCACCGAGCGCCACGCCUUCGAAUAAAUCAGCCUCCAAAUCGCGAAGCGCCUCAAAGAAUCGUUUGCUACUCAAGACGCCCGAACCCGAGCCAUUGAAGAAAGUUCCAAUGAACAAGGUACAAGUGGGACAUGCCCCUUCACCCAAUCUCAAGGCGGUGCGCUCGAAAAUCGGUUCAUUGGAUAACGCCACCUAUAAGCCAGGCGGUGGACAUGUAAAAAUCGAAUCGAAAAAAAUUGAAAUCAAGGCCGCCGGUCCCCGCAUCGAGGCCAAGAAUGACAAGUACGCCCCCAAGGGCGGCGAGAAGAAGAUAGUCACAACAAAGUUGCAGUGGAAUGCCAAAUCAAAGAUCGGUUCAUUGGAAAACGCCGCCCAUAAACCUGGCGGCGGCGACAAAAAGAUUGAGACAUUAAAAAUGGACUUCAAGGACAAAGCCAAAUCGAAGGUCGGAUCCAAGGAUAAUGUCAAACAUCAGCCUGGCGGCGGUGAUAUCAAGAUACAAUCGCAAAAAAUAGAAAUUAAGGCACAAAGCAAAGUUGGCUCUUUGGAUAAUGUAAAGCACAAGCCCGGUGGCGGGGAAAAGAAGAUUUUCGAUGAUAAGGAUUAUUUGAAAAAUGUUGAACACUCUGUUGCACUGACAACACCACCAACACAGAGUCCACUACCAUCCAUGACGGCUUCAACAAGCGGCGCUGAUGAAAAUUUGAAUCAACAAAGCUAAAUGCCCUGUGAAACCAAAAAGACAACACAAAAAAAAAACAUUAAUGAAAAGAAAAUUUACACAAAAUUUAUAU